GAGAGAGGCCUGCACAUCUGCGCAAACAUUUUGGUCGAAACGGCGAGCGCGCGGAACGAAACGGCAGGCAGGAUGAGCAACGUCCAGGGCGGCAUGAAAUGUGUCAAAUACCUGCUGUUCGUCUUCAACUUCAUAUUCUGGCUGUCGGGCUCACUGGUGUUGGCUGUGGGAUUAUGGUUGAGGUUUGACCCAGACACGGCCAACCUCUUAGCCGAAAAUGAUGCCCCUGAGCACUUCUUCAUUGCGGUGUACAUCCUGAUCGGAGCGGGAGGCGUCAUGAUGUUGGUGGGGUUCUUCGGCUGCUUCGGGGCCGUGAGGGAGUCGCAGUGUCUUCUGGGAUCGUUCUUCGCUUGCCUUCUUGUAAUUUUUGGCGCAGAGGUUGCUGCUGGAGUCUUUGGCUUUCUAAAUAAGGAUAAGAUCAUUCAAGAUGUCCAAAACUAUUACCAGUCUUCUAUGGAAAAUGGCAAUGGGACUGCUAUUGUAUCCAUGUAUCACAAUGUGCUUGAAUGCUGCGGGUCUGAGUCCUCUCCGUCUUCUGGACUGUGCAUUGCUGAAAGUCCUGUCACUGAUUGUAACACAGCUAUAGAAGACUUCUUUAACGAAAAACUCUUCAUAAUCGGAUAUGUUGGCAUCGGCAUUGCUGGAAUUAUGAUAAUUGGCAUGAUCUUCAGCAUGGUUCUAUGCUGCGCCAUUCGGAACAGCAGAGAAGUUAUUUAGGUUCCUCGCGGUUCCCCUCUCACCCAGUUGGACUGUUUCAAAGCCCGCCGUCUUUGACCUCAUCAGACCAUCACAUUCAGGCUCGGGAAACGGGUGGAGGAGCUCCCAUGAGGCAGUGUGGGUCUUGUGGUACUGUUUUGUGAACAGCGUUCUAUCUCUGAUUGUUUCUGUCUUUUCUGUUACUUGCAUUGUUUGAUGAUGACCUCCACUGCAUGGACUGCUACUGUAACCGCAUUAACCUUUACAUUUAUUUUGUCUUUAUUUAUUACUGAACCAUCAUCACAAGGGGGAAACUUCACAGUGUACGUCUUGCUUUUUUCAAACUUGAGCCUUCAGUUCAGACUUUCACAGUGAACGGGACAUUUACUUGCUGAUGUAAAUAAGCUCUCUGCUGCCUCACUGAUCGACUACUUUUCAUGUUUUUUU